AUGAUGGGACUCAAUAUCCUACGUUCGAUCCUGGCAUGCUUUGCCAUUUACCAAAUUGCCUCUGGCAGCAGCUUGAACUACUCCUUUGAACAAAAUGUCACUUCUCAUACCGGAUACAAAGGCGCAGUUUCAUCCGAAAGCGAGGUGUGUAGCCAUGCAGGAACUGCGAUGAUGCUGCAAGGCGGCAAUGCUGCCGAUUCAAUUGUUGCCACCGCCCUUUGCGUUGGAGUCGUUGGACUCUAUAACAGUGGUAUCCAUGGUGGUGGAUUUGCCCUCAUUCGGUUGCCAAACAAUACUUACAGUAUGAUCGACUUCCGGGAGCAGGCGCCCGGCUCUGCAAGUGAGAACAUGUUUGUGGACAACCCAUGGGGCUCAAUGAUUGGAGCCAAUGCAUCAGCAGUCCCUGGACAACUACGUGGUUUGGAUCACAUCUUGAGAAAGUACGGUACCAUGGAUUGGCCCACAGUCACAGCACCAGCCAUCGAAGUGGCCGAGAAAGGAUUUUUAUUCGGGCAUGAUAUCCAAUUCCUGAUAGACUGGACCAAGGAAAACAUGAAGCCUACUGAUAAUGUCACCAAUUUCUGGUUCGAUGAUGAAGCCUGGAAGCCCGACUUUGCCCCGAAAGGAAUCCCCCUGCAUCAGAAUGACACCAUCAAACGGCUCAGAUACGCCAGAACUCUGCAAAGGAUUGCGGAGACCAACACGACCGACUUUUACGAGGGUGAUAUUGCAAAAAGCAUGGUGAAAACCAUCAAAGAUGCUGGAGGUAAUCUGACCAUGAAGGAUCUCAAGGACUAUUCCAUUGUCGAACGAAAGCCCAGACAGAUCGAAUACCGGGGAUAUAACGUGACGAGCACUGUCGCUCCCAGCAGUGGAACUGUCGUACUCAACAUCCUCGGAGUUCUCAAUCACUAUGAUGAUUUCUUCAAAAACAGCACCCAUCUUAGCACUCAUCGAAUGGUUGAGGCCAUGAAGUUCGGAUAUGCUUACCGGAAUUCUUUUGGCGAUCCCAAGUUCACCCCCAAUAUCACUACUCUCGAGAGCACCAUGUUGUCCGCCAAAAGAACCAAGCUCAUUCGUGACAACAUCAGUGAUAAUUCAGCUCACUGCAACGUGAGCGUGUACAAUCCCGAUCAUAAGUACACUCCGCAGUCAGUGGGAACAUCUCAUAUGGUCUCAGCCGACAAAUCAGGUCUCACCAUCUCCCUUACAACAACGGUCAAUCUUCCCUUCGGCAGCCAGAUCAUGGACCCAAGAACCGGAAUUGUCAUGAACUCACAGAUGGAUGAUUUCUCCACUCCAAACACCACCAAUGAAAAGGGCUUCAUAGCAAACCCAAACAACUUCAUCGCACCAAGAAAACGCCCUCUGUCAUCGAUUGCGCCUGUCAUUGUCACACGUCCCGAUGGUACAGUUGCUUACGUGACUGGAGCUGCUGGCGGGUCUCACAUUCCUUCCGCGGUCCUCCAGUCGGUGAUAUAUGCACUAGACCAGAAUCUUUCCCCCAAGGAUGCUUUGGCUGGUCCACGCCUGCAUAAUCAGCUGAGUCCGAACUUUGUUGAGGCCCCUCACGCAUACAAUAACGAGACAGUCUAUUAUCUGCAAGAAAAAGAGCAUUCGGUCGAAAGACUUGAUAUCCAAAGUUGGGCACAAGCAAUCUCCCGAGCCCAGGAUGGCAAAUUUACGGCUGCGUCGGAGCCGUUCCAGGAGCAGUCUGAUGCUUUCGCAAUCUGA